CGGUCUAUUUCCCAGCGCUUCGCACCAAAGCCACACUCGCACGGCGGUUUCAAUGUGCGUCUUUCUCUGUAGUCUCGGCGCCAAGCAUUGACGCCUAUGCUUUACGUUUUUCUGUACCGGACUGCUUAAGAAGUGAGCUGCACCGUUAGCUAGACAAAGCGCUUAUCCAAACCCACUCUCUAGUGUCGAUCGCGCCGUUUUGCUGUGCAGCACGAUGAUUCCCCACUGGAGUUGCUCCGUUUCUUCUGUACUUUGGACUUGUUUUUUCAUCUCCAUCACACUCAGGACACUUGCCAUUUCCAAUAAUGAAGUAAAUUUAUUGGAUUCUCGAGCUGUUAUCGGUGAUCUUGGCUGGAUAGCCUAUCCAAAGAAUGGGUGGGAAGAAAUUGGUGAAGUGGAUGAGAAUUACUCACCAAUACACACGUAUCAAGUAUGCAAGGUCAUGGAAAACAAUCAGAACAACUGGCUGCAAACUAACUGGAUCCUAAAUGAAGGUGCCCAGCGGGUUUUCAUUGAACUCAAAUUCACCUUGAGAGACUGCAAUAGCCUCCCAGGAGGAUUAGGAACCUGCAAGGAGACGUUUAACAUGUAUUACUUUGAAUCAGAUGAUGAAGAAGGAAGAAAUGUCAGAGAAAGCCAAUAUACAAAAAUCGAUACAAUUGCAGCUGAUGAGAGCUUCACUGAAUUGGACCUGGGAGACAGAGUAAUGAAACUGAACACUGAGGUGAGGGAUGUUGGGCCCCUCUCAAAAAAGGGAUUUUACCUGGCUUUUCAGGAUGUGGGUGCUUGCAUUGCUUUAGUCUCUGUCCGUGUUUAUUACAAAAAGUGUCCCUCCGUGAUCCGCAAUCUGGCACUUUUCCCAGACACAAUCACUGGAGCAGAUUCCUCGCAGCUUCUAGAGGUUUCAGGAUCUUGUGUAAACAACUCUGUUGCCGAUGAGCCCCCCAGAAUGCACUGCAGUGCAGAAGGCGAGUGGCUUGUACCAAUUGGAAAAUGCAUGUGCCAAGCAGGAUUCGAGGAGAAGAAUAAUACAUGUCAAGUUUGCAGACCUGGAUUUUUCAGAGCUUCCACUCAGAGCCUUGCUUGCAGCAAGUGUCCACCACACAGUUACACUCAUAGAGAUGCAUCUACUGCCUGCGUUUGUGAGGAUGGCUAUUUCAGGAGAGACUCGGACCCUCCCAACAUGGCUUGCACAAGACCCCCUUCUGCUCCUAGAAGUGCAAUUUCCAAUGUCAAUGAGACCAGUGUAUUUCUGGAAUGGUUAUCUCCAGCAGACACCGGUGGUAGAAAGGACCUUACCUACAACAUCAUAUGCAAGAAGUGCAGCACAGACUCUCAGUUAUGUGAAGAGUGUGGCAACCAUGGAAGGUACCUUCCUCAGCAAACUGGACUAUCCAAUACUUCAGUGAUGGUCGUGGAUCUCUUGGCUCACACAAAUUACACUUUUGAGGUUGAAGUUGUUAAUGGGGUCUCGCUUCUGGCCAAACUUCCUCGACAGUUUGUCACUCUCAAUGUGACCACCAACCAAGCAGCCCCAUCACCAAUCAGCAUUGUAAAAAAGGGAAAGACAACAAAAAACAGCAUUGGCGUUUCAUGGCAGGAACCUGAUCGUCCCAACGGUAUCAUAUUAGAAUAUGAGAUCAAAUAUUUUGAAAAGGGCCAGGAGACCAGUUAUACCAUCAUAAAGUCAAAAGACACAGAGAUCACUGCAGAUGGCUUGAAGCCUGCCUCUGUUUACAUCUUUCAGAUUCGAGCUCGGACAGCAGCAGGCUAUGGUGGUUUCAGUCGCAGGUUUGAGUUUGAAACUAGUCCUUUUUUAGUAGCUGCAUCAAGUGAUCAGAGUCAGGUUCCUAUAAUUGCUGUGUCGGUAACUGUGGGGGUCAUCUUGCUGGCUGUGGUUACUGGAUUCCUCCUAAGCGGCAGGCGGUGUGGCUAUAGCAAAGCUAAACAGGACCCAGAAGAGGAGAAGAUGCACUUUCACAAUGGUCACAUUAAGCUGCCAGGAGUGAGAACAUAUAUUGAUCCUCAUACCUAUGAAGAUCCUAACCAAGCUGUCCAUGAAUUUGCAAAGGAAAUAGAUGCAUCAUGCAUCACAAUUGAAAGAGUUAUAGGAGCAGGAGAAUUUGGAGAAGUUUGCAGUGGGCGCCUAAAACUUCCUGGAAAAAGGGAAAUCCCUGUAGCUAUCAAAACUCUGAAAGCUGGUUAUACAGAUAAACAGCGGCGUGACUUUCUUGGUGAAGCUAGUAUUAUGGGACAGUUUGAUCACCCUAACAUCAUCCAUCUUGAGGGAGUGGUUACUAAAAGUAAACCUGUAAUGAUAGUAACUGAGUACAUGGAAAAUGGUUCCCUUGAUACUUUUCUAAAGAAAAAUGAUGGACAGUUUACAGUUAUCCAACUAGUAGGGAUGUUGAGAGGGAUAGCAUCUGGUAUGAGGUACCUCUCUGACAUGGGCUUUGUUCAUCGAGACUUGGCUGCACGAAAUACUCUGGUGAAUAGUAACCUUGUUUGUAAAGUAUCAGAUUUUGGUCUGUCAAGAAUACUAGAAGAUGAUCCAGAAGCAGCGUAUACAACAAGGGGGGGAAAGAUUCCAAUUCGAUGGACAGCCCCAGAAGCCAUUGCUUUUCGGAAAUUUACUUCAGCCAGUGAUGUAUGGAGUUAUGGAAUUGUCAUGUGGGAAGUAAUGUCCUAUGGUGAGAGACCUUACUGGGAAAUGAGCAAUCAGGAUGUGAUUAAGGCAGUGGAAGAAGGUUAUCGUUUACCAGGGCCAAUGGACUGUCCAGCAGCUCUCUACCAGCUCAUGAUGGAUUGCUGGCAGAAAGACAGAAACAGUAGGCCCAAAUUUGAAGAAAUAGUCAGCAUAUUGGAUAAACUUAUUCGCAAUCCUAGCAGCUUGAAAACUUUAAUAAAUGCUUCCAAUAGAGUAUCGAACAUACUUGUGGAGCAUGGUUCACUUGGAAACUGUGUUUUUAAGUCAGUGGACGAAUGGUUAGAGGCCAUUAAAAUGGACCGAUACACAGAGCAUUUUAUGGAAAAUGGCUACAACUCGGUAGAUGCUGUGGCACAGAUGACAGCUGAUGAUCUGAGGAGGGUUGGUGUGAACCUCGCUGGUCAUCAGAAGAAGAUCAUCAGCAGUAUUCAAGAAAUGAGGGUCCAAAUGUUGAAUGGCACAGUGCCAGUGUAAAUCCAACAACCAUUUUAACAUAUCUAAAUAACUCAGCACUUUUAAAAAAUUGGAACUUGUAUUUAUUGUUAGGAACAUUAAUAAUUAAAACAAAAAAGGGAAGAAACUUACCGAAUCGAAAGCUACUACCUACAGACAGAUAUCUCUUUAUGUAUCUGCAAAUGGCUUCCCUCUACUGUCUGCCAGAUUCAAAGGCCUGAAGACCUACAAACGUGAAUUGAAUGGAAGUCAAGUUGCAGUGCCGAUGACAAUAACGUAUUGUAACUUUGUUACAACUAUAAAAAAAAAAAAUCAACCUUUAUUGUAUCACCAUUUUCUGUACUAACUGUACAUAGCACCUUUUUUGAUUCAGUCAAUACACAGUGGCUAUUAUUUCAAAGGACAUACUUGAAUGGCAUUGCUGUCACUGACAAAAUUAACUGAUCAUAGUGGCAAAUCAAUAGUUUCUUUAUUUUCUAUCUUAACCAUUCUACAAAUGUGUAUUUAAAGCAAUAUACUAAAAUGCAUUUCUUCUUAGUGUUUUGGGGAUUCUAGACACAAAUGAAGCAACUGUACAGUGGCAAUCACAUUAGAGAAAAUGAUGUAUAAUCUGUUUAUAAAAAUUCAUAGCGCACCUUUAUUUUAUUUUUUUAAGUUGAGCGUGCAUUUUAUUGGUAGCGUUACACAAAUGGAAACAAUGUUCGUACAAAAGACAUGACUUACUUCACUCUUCCACUCACUUGUGUUUUAUAUUUGUAUAUGAUGUACAGUUUGAUACUGCAGGGUACUGAUUAUUGUUUGCUUUUCUUUGAUAACAGCCCAUAAUUAAAGCCUCCAAUGGACAGUCUUGUAUAAAGUAUAAAUGGAUUUUCUUGCUCUGAGGUUUUACCUGUUCAUUUUCUGAAAGCUACAAAACUAUUACACAUUGAAAUAGGGGCUACUGUCAGGGCAUAAUGCAGUGCCGACAGAGCAUUUCACUGCCCCUGUGGCUGCUCUUUGAAUCCCAUUGUUACAAACUAUUAUUGUUACAUAUUUUGCCAACUUCAAAGCAGCCACACUUUCCAAUAAUUCAAUGAAUUAUAUUAUUUGUGUAAGCAGAUACAAAAAUGGUGAAUGCAAGCAUCUAUAAAUUUUAACAGUUGCAUUCGUGUGUUUUGGAAAAAAAAAUGUUGAAAUUGGAUUUCAUUGAUGUUGGUUGUAUCAGAGUGAAAAUGAGGUGUAUAUGUUUAAUUGCAAGUGUAAUUCCUUUCCUUUUUAGGAGUUUAGCACAUAUGAGUAAAAUACUGUGCGCAGUAGACCUCACUCUCCUUUCAGAUUAUUUAGCUGUGCUUCACGUAUUCUUUAUUUGAGCCUAUGACACGAUAUCAUUUCUGUAAUUUUUUACAUAGGCCUCAUCAUGAAUGUGGACAGAGCAUUAGGACGUGUUUUGACAUCCUCAUCUGUGGAAGCACUGCACAAGCUUCACGUACAAACCACUAUAGACCUCUUCCACCGCUGUAAUGGCACAGCAGUUUAUAAUAAAUAGGUGAUUUUUUUUUUUUAUUUGAAGCUAGAGUCUUCAAAGUUUAAAAUAUAAACAAGUGACCUACCUGUUAAAAGCACAUUUUGUACAGAUUAUUCAAAUUAAAAAAAAAUUCCAUUCUUGAGCAAAGCAUAGCUUAUCUGUUACUGUUGUGAAGCAGAAAGAACAAGUAAUCGAUAUGAAGCAGCACAAAACUUCUUCACUUUGAAAGAAAUCCGUCAUUUUGUAACAUUUUAUUGAAAUGUAAACCCAUUUAUUAUUAACGUUUGAAAUGAAAGUAAAAUGUUUUAGAAAUAAUAUAUAGAGUUUUUUGGUGGUGUGGUGGUGUAGUGGUUAGUCUUGCUGCUUCACACCUCCAGGAACCUGGGUUCAUUUUUCCCAUGUUCACGUGGUUUUUUUUCCGGUACUGCAGGAUCCUCCUCAUCCUCAAGAUAUGCAGGUUAUGUGGACUGGCAACUUGUAAAUGGUUCCAGUACAGGUGAGUGUGCCCCAUGAUGACUGGCUAAUUUCAGUCUUUUGCUUCAAUGAAGUCCGGGUAGGCUUCCGCUCCACAUGAAGUAAAUUAGUUCAAACAAUCUAGGAGUAUAUUUUCUUUUUCUUUAAAAAUUGGCAUCAGUAUAGUUUUGCCAUAAUUAGCUAGGAAUUUUUGUAGAUCAUUACAGUAACUUUCUUAAAGAGAGCGGAGUAUCUGUGUAGCAUUGUAUCAUAAGCUGCUUUCUUGAAGAAAGCAGUAUAACAUUUCAGUGGUUGCCUGUUUAUGAUGCAGUAUCCCAAUUUUGCGCACUUUAUAAAAAAAACCUGCCCUUCAAUGUUCCAGAGUCUUCAGGUUUUUAAAAUAAUUUUCACUCUGUCAUUUGUAUAUUUUGCAUUUAUAAUAAGUUUCUCUUUUAAACUUUAUGAAUUUUUGUUCCCAUCCUACAUAGACACUAAUGCAGCAAUACCACCUGGCAUUGUUUUGUAGUAAAUUAAAAGGAAUAAAGGGCAAUAAAGUAUACGUUUUGGGGAAUUUGGGUUUUAUAAAGAAGGUAAACUUUAAGCACAGUCACCUGAUAUCCAAGCAAAUAGCCUCCUCUCUUCAUUAAUAAAAGGUAACCAAUUAUAAUUUUAUACAUUGUGAAUAAUUCACUGCCACACAGUUUAUACCAGCCCGGGAUUUUUUGGUUAGGCAAAAAAAAGUCUUUAAAACUAAAAAGGCUAGAGGCCAUUGUUUUAUGUUACACUGUAAUGCUGAUAGAUUGAUUAAUAAAGAAUUGUUUAAAUCAAUGAGGAAAAAGACGUAAAUGAUCAUUAGUUUACCAAUUACCUAUAGUUUCCAGUAAUAAGUGUUUGUUCACUAUUUCAGUCUUCAUAUUUUUAUACAAGUAAAGUCUUUCACUUGUAGAUCUUUAAACCUAAUUCCAAUUAAUUCUGCUUCUAAAUCAAAUCUAAAUCAAUUCUAGAAGAUGACUAGCAUUGCUGUAUUUAUUGUUUUGUUUUUUUGUUUCUGUUUUUCUUUUUUUUUGGUUUGUUUCCAGCCCUAUAAUGUAUGUGCAUUUUGGUUGUGUACAUGUUUUUUGUAGUGUAAGAUAUGAAAUUUUAUAUUUUUUCAGAAAAUAAAAAAACAACAGUGUUGCACAA